AUGCCAACAUGUUCUCUGUACGACCGGAACGGAACAUCGAAUUCGACGAAAAUCAUCUUACUGGAGGACAUCAGUCAGUUCAAUUCCGAUGAAAGUUCUGAAACGAGUUUUCAUGCGUAUGCUCUUCCGAUCGCGGAGAUUAGUGACCAGUCCAUUCGGAAAUUGAGAGGAGCGAGUUCUAAGUUUUACGAUCGGUACUGUUACGAGCAACAUUUAUCCAUAUACCACGUGCCUCUUUAUUCAACGUGGACAAAUUAUGCAUAUUUUAAUAUCAUUGAAAAUAUAACACCGAGAGGCGAGCGAAUUUAUCACACUAGAACUACCGACGACCAAAGCAUAAAGAUUAUAUCGGAGAAAUUAGAGUGCAAAACGAAUAGCAAAAUUUAUAACACAACAAUGGACACAAACUUUUAUUCGUGUAUUUUAUAGAAAUUAUCCAAAUUAUCACAGAAUUGUACUUUGAAAAAUUAUAAACUGGCCAUUUUGACCACUUUGGUAGAUCUAGCGUUGACCUUCCUGCCGAAUAUGAAUCUCUCAUCGAUUAUCCAAAUAUGGUACUUGUGAAUAGCAAUACAAAGAAAUCUUAAAAAA